GGAAGCUUUCACACACUCACCACGCCUCCUUCAGUCGCCGUCUGCAUGCUGUACCCACUGGACACUUUAUUAAGCAGCUGAGAAAUGUUUGCGCCUUGGCGGAGGUCCUGCUGACGGUGUGCUGACAAGUGAGUCACAUGGGUCUCAGCAAACAUUGAGGAAAAUGUGUCAGGCGGCUGUGACGGAAGGGAUUUUAUAAGCGCUGCCUCGCCAGCCGCUCCCGCUCACACGCUCUCACCUCCUCGCGCCCAGAACGAGCCCCCGCACCACAGAUGGAGAAGUUCCCCGAGUUCCUGCUGCUCUGCGUCCUCGGUGUUCUGGUGGCUCUGAGCGGCGCUCAGCAUCACCUCGCACGCACGGGGGCGGGUCCGUGGAGGCAGCGCUUCCAGUGGGAGAGCAACGGCCGGGUGUACAGUUUGCUGAGCACCGGGACCCAGUACCGACCGGUGGCGCAGUCCAGGAGACGAACCCAGCUGCUGCUGACCACCACAAACGCUCACUCGCCUCCCAGAAGCACGUCCGUUGAUCUCAGCGAGCCCGGUCGAGCGGAGGCUGCGGUUCCGAGGGACCAGGCGUGGUCAGAGCGCAGAGCAGCGGCGGCAGCCUCCAGCAGCCAGGAGUUCUCCGGCGGAGAGCGGAGCGCGUCCGGAGACGACACCGGCGCGCCGACCGAUGCGCCAUCUCUGGAUUUUACGCAGAGACCGCCGGGACGCUUGGAUUCCACUCCCCGGCCCACAUCUGGAUGGGUAACGGUGGCUAACGACGAAGGAGAUGCGGGUCGCACUGAAACGCCAAAUUUGGACCACAGACGAGGCGGACCGGAGCCGGCACAGCCCUCAAGACUGUCCAGCAACGUGGUGGAGGUACAUUACUCUCAACAGAGCACGGAUCCGGAUGUGAGUGACCCGCGGGAUCCGCACAGUAUCCAUCACAGGAACUCCGUUUUUUAUAACGUCUACCCACCGGACCAAAGGAACAGAGUCCCUGCAAGACCAGUUCUACCAGGACCGGGCCACGGCACCAGGUUCUUCUACAACGGUCUCCCGGACCUGAUCCCCGACCCGUACUACAUCCAAGCUGCAUCUUACAUCCAGAGAGUGCAGAUGUACGCCCUGCGCUGCGCUGCUGAGGAGAACUGCCUGUCCAGGUCUGCGUACCAUCCCAGCGUGAGAGAGCUGGACUACAGGGUUCUUCUGAGGUUCCCCCAGCGUGUGAAGAACCAAGGAACAGCAGACUUCCUCCCAAUGAAGCCCAGGCACCAGUGGGAAUGGCACAGCUGUCAUCAGCACUACCACAGCAUGGAGGCCUUUAGCAACUACGACCUGCUGGAUCCUUCCACCGGACGCAAAGUGUCCGAGGGACACAAGGCCAGUUUCUGUCUGGAGGACACGUCGUGCGACCGGGGCGUACGGAGACGCUUUGCCUGCACCACUCACACACAGGGUCUCAGUCCGGGUUGCUACGAUACCUACCACGCCAACAUCGACUGCCAGUGGAUCGACAUCACCGACGUGCCACCGGGGAACUACACGCUCCAGGUGACGGUGAACCCCAGUCGGCUGGUUCAGGAGUCGGACUUCUCCAACAACGUGGCUCAGUGUGACAUCCGCUACACAGGAAGCCACGUGCAAGCCACAAACUGCAGAAUCAGCAAAAGCUGACCUGAGGGACGUCACAUGAUCUUCACGCUGGAGCUCGUCAAUUCCUUUCAUUCCUUCCACGCAACCAGCCUGGCGACGUUUCAAAUCUUCAUUCCUUUGUGUAAAUGAACAGGAAAAGUGUGUGUUUUCGUCCUUGAGGUGUAAUAGCCAACAAAAAGUAGGUGCUUACUUCUUUGCAUGAAUUAUUUAAACAUUUUUAACGUUUCUUUUUCAACCCUGACAGUGUGUAUUUAUGAAAGUGUAUUUGAAUGUAUGACCUGCUGUUAUUGAAUAAAGA